AUGGCGACUUGGACGCAUAAAGCAGCUUCACUACAGCUCCGACGGUCAUGUUCGAGUAGUUGAUCUCCGCACCCAAACCGGAACGCUAACCAGACCGCUCGUCAAAUUAUGCUUUCUGCCAAACGCCGAAGAUAAAGAAACAGCAAUAUGGACGUAGAAAUGGCAUCACCAUCAACGCCAACCAUGCGUUCGGUUGUUCCCGCUCCGCGCCCUGGAACUGCCCCAAUCGCAGCACGCCGGACCACCAUUCCAACCGCCGUGCCUCAACCAACAACAGGCACCACCGCGCCAACGGCCCCGGGCAAUAGCAUGGCAUCAACACCAGCAUCACCCGCACUAACAGCGGAUUUCCAGCGCAUUCGAUGCCCAUUGUGUCGACGCCCGCAUCGACUAUCGCACUGCGGCAUUUUUAAAGGCAUGCCACCGAUGCAACGCCAACAAGUUGCACAGGCACACGGCUAUUGCCUAAAUUGCCUGGGAACUACUCACGCAACGCAGGAGUGCCCGUCCAACAAUCGCUGCCAAAUCUGUGUGCGUUCGCAUCACACGCUGCUGCACCGCACUACCAGACGCGACGCAGGGCGACAAGCGGCUCCUCGCACCAGUGAUAACAUCAGGCGUUCUCAAAGAGCGCCUUUGAUACAAUACCGCCGGCGUGGACCCCCGUCUGCAGAAUCCCGUCACUGGCAACACCGUGCCACAUCAGCACGACGUCAGCAGCCUAGGCCGCACUCCCGCCGGUCAACAGGCCUCAGCAGCGUCGUAGCCACGCUACAGCAGCUACAGCGGCUUCUAGGCUAAAUAUUCGCCUAGGGGGGCCGGGAUGGCUAAAUGAGUCUGAAGGAAGACGCACAGCCAAAUCAUUUCACCACACAGAAACACACCAAUCACCACAUAAUCAAAAGCACCACACUGAUAUGUUACAUUCACCUCAUCACGAGAGAGAACACCACACACACACACACAAACAUACACAUACAUCAACAUGAUGACACCACUCAGCACAAAAGUUCAACAAAAAGGAACGAGAAAGGAUCUCGCGCCACCUUUCGUAGAUAUCAGCCGA